GAAAAUAGAAGUAUAUGCUGUCAUAAAUGGAACCGGCGAACACGCCUGUGUGUUAAUAUUUUUAGUGAAAAUUUAUACUUUUUGCAUGAGUUGUAAAUGAUUUGUGUAUCAUGGAGCUUUGUUUAAAGACCUCGACAAAAUUCCUAUCUUCAUCUUUAGCAGAAGGGAAAAUACAAAAUGAAAAUGGAGGAGAAAAAAUAACGGGAAUCUCUAGGAAUGGUAGGAUUUGCUGGAUUGCCUAUGGAGCGAACAUUGAGGUUAUGUCUGUGGUCACCGGGGCGAAAGUUUCCUGCUACAACUUCCAACACACUUUGAGGUCACUUACUCUGAGUAUAACUUGUGUGGCAGAAAUUAAUGUUCCGGACGUAAAUACAACUGUCCUGGCGAUAGGAUUCGAGACAUCGGCUUUCGAUGGGGUAUUGUGCUUGUUUUCCGUACAAGGAUCGCGCCCCAUUCAACUCAUAAGCAUUGACGAUGGCAUUGUCAGUUGCACAGAAAUCCAAGUAAGUCAUCUGAACAAUAUUCUCUCGAGAUUCGAUGGUUGCUUGGCUGUGGGAACCGUUUCGGGAAAGAUAGUGCUGGUGAAUGUGAAUCUCUUGCUCUUCCGAUCAAGUCUCUUUGCCAAUCAGAAUAUACUGUGCCAUGUUGAACCCAGUCCCUGUACCAUUGUUCCGGCUGAGAUUUCCCCGGAAGCUUCUGAGAGGAUAUUCGAGCAGACAAUGCGAGAAAAGGUGUUUUUUGGGGUGGAAAUAUUUAGUGUGCAGGAUUCGUCGGCAAUUGUCUCGAUUCUAGAUCUGCAGGAGAUAAUGAUGCUGGCUGUCGGAUGCCUAGAUGGUUCCUUGAUUCUGUAUAAUCUGCAGAAACUAGAAGCUAUCCAUAGGGCCUACCCUCCAAAGAAGGAUUGUCCCCUGAUGAAAUUGGCCUCUAUAGAACCCGCAGAUGAUCCCAGGGGACAUGUUUAUCUCUGGGCCAUGCAUUCCUGGAGGAAUCUGCCCAUUGCUGUGAUGCACUCAAUAACUAUUGAGGAGAAAGUCGAUGAGAACAAUUGCGCAAUGUACAAGUAUUUCAAGUCCAGUAGACCUUGUUUGACCAUAUUGAACUACUCCGAGCAGCUGUAUCCGCUCGAUAGUCAGACUUUCAUUCGGCAAUUGACUCCGGAAGAUCCCCAAACUAGUAUCUGCAUGCUAUCAUGGGGAUCUGUGGAUAGGGGAGGGAAGAUUUUAGUGUUUGACCUCAAUCAGUGGUACAAGGACCAAAUGCCGGAGUAUCUUGAAUGGCAAGAAAAAGCAAACUUCCUGGCAAUAUUUCCACUUACUAGGGAGUCUCUACGAAAUGUAUGGCUAGAUGAGAAUUCAGUGACUGCUUUCAAUUCUAUCCAGAGACCAGAAGAACAUUUCUAUCCAAACUCCCUAACAUUUGACUGUGUCUGUGUAAGUGACAUCGGAAGCUAUCGCUAUCAUUGGUCAGGAUUGCAGAAUAGAGCCAUUGAAAAUUUCAUGGCAUUUGGACCUAAAGCAAUCCUAGAACCAGAUAAAUGCUUCAAUGAAAUGCUGGAAGCUGUUCUUCUGCCACAAUUCACAGAAUUUAAUCAUACGGCCAGUUCUUCAAUCACAGCCAAGAGGGAUCUUUUGCUGUCAAUUGCCCUGGAGUACAAUUGUGUGGGAAUUCUGAGGGAGUGUGCAAAAGUCUGGGCUGAUGGAAGUCAUCUCGGUCGUCAGCCAUUUGAGGGUUUAUCUCUAUCUACACUGACUGAAUGGAUGUGGCAGAGAGUUGGUGCCAUCCGGGAGUGCUGUGAUCAUCUGUGUGAGUGUCUCUUUGACCUCUCAGGACGUCGUUUGGAUGCUCAUUCCACAAAAACUUUGGCUCACUGCACGCGUCAACUGAGAUUGCUGGCUGAACUUCUGGAAAUGAUUAUCAACUUCUGCAUCGACUAUAUCCCCCAUGAUAUCCAGGAGAAUCUCACCGAACAGCUGAAGUCUAUGCAAGUGUCAGCGGAUUAUCAGGAAGUCCUCCAGUGGCUACAUAAUAUGCAACUUCUACCUGAAGGCCCAUGGAUAUCCUCGCCAAAAUCCCCCAGGACAACUUCUCAAAAUACCCUCCCGCUCAUGCCCUAUCCAUAUCCCAUUCUCAAGACGUUCUACGACAAGCAGCGCAUGGAUUUUCAUAGUUUGACCAGAAAAGGCAAAUUCCACAGCGGAGAAUGCAGUUGCAGCCUCCUCUACAUCGAUACUUUUAUCGAGAAGGAGUGCUGUGGAUCUGUGCUGAGGAGCAAGUGGCGCAAAAGUGGCGGAAAUGGACUCUAUCCACCUGCUACUCUCCACGCAAUGACCAGCAUUUUCCACCUCAGUGAUAUUCCGGUGGAAAAUAAGUAUGCCCUUUUCAUGUACUUCCUCAUGGACUUGGAUAUGGCCAUGAAAAAUGACGAGAAGUAUAUUGAAAUUAUUAGAAAUGUGAUAAAAUUCCCGGCUGUCUUCAAGAUGAGCACCAGUCUAAUUAAGACCACUCAGGCUUUCUGGAAGCUAGAUCAUGGUGAUUUUGAGGGUGCUCUUGAGGAUCUGAUUUCGCCUUUGGGUCAGGACAAACACCUUUCGCAGUGGCAAAUGGAACUGCUGAUAGAAUGUCUCCUGGUGCAGAACAAUUUGUGUUUGGCAUUGCGUGCUCUUCAAUCACCUGGACCUCCAAUAUCGCCUCUGCUAGAGAUGCGAUGUCUUCUGGCCAAUAAGCUCGUCUGCGAGGCUUUUCAGUUGCAGAAGAGUCGGGGGGAUCCAUCACUUCUCCGGGAGUUUUUCAGAAUGUGCUGGGAAUUGAAGUUAAUUGGGCAGAUUCUCAAUUUGGCUCUAACUGAAGCCGAUGGAGAAGUUUUGGGAGAAUUUUUGCAAAAUAUUGAUUCGACUUUUGCCAGGAACUUGCAAUUUUCCUACCUGCUGCAGAGAUCAAAGUAUAUGGAGGCUCUGUCCCUGGUGGCGGAGUUGCAGAAGAGACAGAGUGUUCAGGGAAAUGUGGAUAUGGAAACACCGGGUCUUGUGAUGGAAGCGUAUAAUUCAACAAUGACGCCUAGUGUGAGAAAUUUAUCCCAGAUGUUCUUUAAGCAGCACAGCAAAUUUCAGCACAAAUCCCAGGAUCCUGUCCCACUGAGUAGCAAUCUGAUUAAGCAGAGGAGGAGCCUCGAAGGCAGCAUCUAUCAGAAAUCUGCAGCUGCUGUAGAAGAUGCCACUUUGUCGUGGUUAUUCCAAGCUAAGACCACAAAUCAAAUGGCCAGUGCUCCAUUUGUUAGGAAGCCCAUUCAAGAGUUUCUGCUGAAGCCUGAAAGUAAGAUGGUGUAUCCUAAGGUGAUUGAUGGUUCACACAAGAGAAAAAUGGACAGGAAUUCUCCAGAAAAUACUGUUGAGGAAGGGCAGCAGAAGAAAUACCGCUACGAUGAACACUCUCGACAUCUCACAACUUUCCCGCAGAAAAAUAAAGCAAAUCUGUUUGAGAGUGAUCUCCAGCGGCAAAUUUCCAAGCUCCAGGAAAGUAUCAAGACACAAAAUAGCGUGUCUUUAACUCAAUCCAUGAAGUUCUUCGAAGUUGAAUCCCCUGCUGCUAGGGAAGCUGAAGAGGAGCCAGGGGAUGUCUCAAUGACAGAAGAGAGAACACCUCCAAAAUCAGGAUCAUUCCUGGGAGCAACGGUUCGUCCAUCUCUCAGACAAACUCCCAACCGAUCAAUUACCUCUGCUCAGGAUUCGUCAAUGGAAGAAUUCUUCUCACCAGACUCCUCGAGAGUUGAAACAAGAUCAUUUGAUUCGCCCAAACCCAGGAGAUCUCUAAGAUCUGUAUCUCCAAAUGUCACCAAGUCUCCUGGAGUUCCCGAGCACCGGGUAGUGAUUGAGAGAACAACCACAUUUAGAGAGGAAAUAACUACAACGAAUUUCUCCGUGACCUCAAAAAUUGAAGCAGAGGAUGAUAUUCAGUUGGAUGGGGAGGAGAAAAGCAAGGAGCAGGAGCAGACAGUUGUUGAAGCUUCUGAAGUACUUCAAGCAGACCUUCCUGAUAGGGUUGUUCAACAAGAAAUCUUCGAAAUUGUUGAAGUAUCUGAAGAACCUACUGCUGCUGAAAUCAAAAUCCCUGAUAUUGUGAUCACUUGCGAGGAAGAAGAUCCUAUCCGGGAAGCAGAAGAGGAUGUCAGUCCAGAAGCUUCGGAUGAAAUAAAUCCAGUGAAUUCUCUGAAGAUUGCAGAGGAAGAGACCUCAAAGUCCCAGGAAGAUAGUGAUCAGGCAGAUGAGGAGGAAAGUGUCAAUGAGGAAGAGUCUGAGAGUUCGGAGGAUAUUGCACCACCUUCAAAGAGACUUCUCUUGAAUCCAGCUGUAAAGUUUGCUCAGAAGAGUUUAAUGAAGUCCCGGGAAGAAAGUGUGUCAGAAGAGGAAGAUUUGGAGUCUGGAGAAGAGGAUGCAGCAGUAGAGGAAGAUGCAGAAGAAGAUGAUGAGGAAAUUGAAGUGGAAGGGGAUGAAGAAAAUGAUGAAGAGGAGAGCGAGAGUGAGGAAGAAGUUGAGGAAGUUGCGAAGAUUUACAAAUCCGUUAAGAAAACUGAGAAUGACUAUACAGAAUCUGAAAGUGAAGAAGAAAAUGAAGAUGACGAAGAGGAUGACGAAGAGGACGAUGAAGAGGACGAUGAAGAGGAUGGGGAGGAGGAAGUGGAAGAAGAAAGGGUGCUAGAUGUAAGAAUUCCAUUCCGGAAACCUUUGGUUAGCAAUGAAGUUAUCGAUAUUCUGGACAGUUCUGAAGAUGAAGAUCGUCACUUUGAGGAACCUCAGAAGGUACUUGAGGUUCCAAAAAUCACAGAACCUGACACAGUGUCCCAGGAAGCUUCUUCCGAAUGUGACAAUCCGGACGUUCAAUCUGAAGAUUUGUAUGCCGAUUUGGAGAUUGGAGAGGAAUCGCAAUCCCAUAAGGAUGAAUUCAAUGAUGCUUUGUUGCUUGAAUGUCCAUCUGAGAGUCAAGAUGAGCCAAUGGAAGUGUCAGGAAAGGAGGAAUCUAUUGAGAUUCACAAUCAAGGAGCUCUGAUGACUACAGUCUUUUCCCAUGGGAAUACUUUUGAAGUCAGGGAACUUGAAUCACCACAGGAAGUUGAUGAAGAAUCUAUAGAAGUUCACAAUCAGGCAGCUCUCCUCUCAACUGUCUUCUCGCCGGAUGAUUUAGAACCAAUUGGAUCUGAAGAACCUUCCAUGGAAGAGAUUAAUCCAGGAGCAACAAUUACAGCAAUAUUCCCAAAUGAAGCUCAUCCGGAUAUUCCAGAAGAAUCUACAAUAGCUGACAUAGAUAAAGCUGUUAUCUAUGACGAAGAUGAGGAUAUUUCCUUUAAAUCUUGCAGACAAGAGGAAUGUAGCAAGGAAACUGCUCAAUCAAGUACCUCAGAAGAUAAAACAGUAGCUGUGAAAGAUCCUGCGGAAGCGAGAGAUUCGCAACUUCCUGCAAAAGAAGCUUCAGAAACUGACCUAGCGAGAGUGGAAAUUCAUGAAGAAGCACAGGAAACAGCAAAGGAAGAAUUCAAAACGACAGAUGAAAGAGAGGAAGUUAUCGAAGUUAUUCCUCCUCCAAAAUACGCUUACCAAACCACGGACAAGCAACACCAGGCAAAAGAUCCAACAGCUCUUGUCCAAGACGAUCCUCUUGAAGUCUCAAACAAAGAUUCCAAUGAUGAACAUUUAGCAGACACUUCUGGAUCGAAUUCUAAGAUUGCUGAUAGGGAGGAAGUUGUUGAAGUAAUUCCUCCUCCAAAAGUCGCUUAUGAAACUACUGAUAAGAAGACUGAAGGGCAAAUGCCAGCAGCUGUUGUUCAGGAAGAUCAUCUCGCAGUGUCAAAUAAAGAAAAAUCUGGACGAGAUUCUGAGAUUUCUGACCAGGAGAAAGUUGUGGAAAUAAUUCCUCCUCCAAAAGUCGCUUAUCAAACUACUGACCAGAAUACAGAAGAUAAGAAAUCUUCAGCUGUAGUCCAGGCAGAUCGUUUCGAAGUUGCAGAAAGGGAUGAAACUCCUGAACAAAAUCCUGAGUCUCCUGAAACUUCAGAAAAGGAGCUGAAGAAAACUUCCAAGGAGGAAGCAAAGACCACAGAACACGCUUCUUCCCAGGAAGCUAGCGUGAAAAUUCCAGAUGUUCAGUCCAUGGAGACAGAAAGUGAACCAGCCGAGCAAGUUCCAGAAACUUCUCAAGAAGAGCCAUCUGUUUCCAAAGUUGAUCAGACGAAAGAUGAUAUCACUGGCAUUUCAGAGGAGACCCAAAAAAAGGAAAAAUCUGCUUCACCUGACACAAAAUCAGAAACUCAUGAAAAAGGGGCAGAAAUCGAAGUAAGCGACAAAGGGAGAAAAAACAAGAGUCAGAACAGAACAGCAGUUCAGUCGAAAGCGAGCAAAGGUAGAAAAAGAUCAUCAUCUACGGACGAAUCUGAGACGAAAAAACCUACAACAAGGAAGACCAGAGCUGCUUCUGUGCCUAAAAUGUCGACAAUUCCUGAAGAGAAUCCGAUUGAGAUUGAUGAGCAGCCAGUAAAGAAGAGGAGGAGAUCUAGGGCUCCGUCUGAGACUAAAGAUACUCCUCUGCCGGCUGGAGUUACAACGCGUCGCAAGUCUCUCCUACUGGAACAGCAGGAUUCUCCGGGGAAUACUCCAGCUAGGAUUAUGACCAGGAGGCGCUCGAGUAUUCAGCAGGAGGAUUCGCAAAGUCCGGCAACACCAAGGACUACAAGAGCACGUUCAAGGCCUUUAGAAGCUGUUGCUGAGCAUGAUGAUGAUACUCCAGUAACCAAGCCCAGAAAGCACAGGGCUCAGAGCGAGGAUCCCCAGGAGGCUGAGAAAACAAUAACGCGAUCUCGUUCAAAGACGCCUUCGCAGUCGCCGAUGGUGGAGGGAGGAACUAAGAAAACGCGCUCACGAGCUGGUUCAGUGGCUUCUAGUGAUGCUGGUCAGGAUGAUACUCCAUCCAAGAAUCUGAGAGCUCGGAAGAGGUCUACCGAUCAAGGAACACCCGAAGAGGAUGCAAGAUCCGAUUCGAGCUUUGUGACUAAAAGACGCAAUAUCAGGGCAUCUUCCAAGCCACCAACUGAGCCAGAUAUCAAGGAAGAGGAAUCUGGAGAUACUGCAGAAGCUGCAGAAAUUUAUUCUGACACUCGAAGGCUCACAAGAGGGCAAAAGGCUGUUCUCGAGAAGGUGUCCAGAACAGCCAAAAGUCCUCAGGCUAAGAAAUCCAAGGGAUUGAAAAAGGUGGCAGCACAUGAAGAAGAUGGAAGUGAUCAGGAAUCGGUUGUGAGUGAAAAAUCCACUCCGGAGUCAGUGAAAUCAAAGGGAAGUCGCAUCAGCCGAGCUUCCAAAGCAUCCACAAGAGGCAAGAGAGGAGUUAGUGUAGAGUCAACCACUAGCACUGGCUCUAAGUCUCGCGGAAAAGGAAGGAACACAUCUAAGGAGCCUGCUCCAGAAACUGAUGAUGCCCCAUCGCGUGCACUGAGGAAGCGUAAGCAGUAAUGCAGUUCUAUAUUUUAAAUUAUCUUGAAAUCCUUGAAAUAUUCAUUUUUUUAUGUUACUCUGAAUUUUCCUGACCAAAUAAAUUUCCGUUAUUUUCGAA